CGCCCCCGGUUUUCUCCUUUCCUUCUCUCCCCCAAACCAGUCGGCAACCACAUGCCCAGCCAUCACCAUGCCCUAACCCCCCCUUCUCACCGAGCCUGUGCCCCUAACCCCCCUUUGCACGAACCAACCUCUGCCUCCCUCUGCACCGAAUCAACCUCUGCCUCCCUCUGCACCGAAUCAACCUACGCCUCCCUCUGCACCGAAUCAGCCUCCUCUUCUCUCUGCAUCCCAGAUCCCCUUUGCUCUGCCCUACACCGAGCUAGCCAUCAUCACCCCCUCAUUGCCGGCCAUCAUGCUUCUGCACCUCCCCUGCUUCUGCGCCCAAAUCCCAUGCCUUCUGCACCAAAUGAGCCCCUCCCCAUCACCGGCAAUCAUACCUCUCUCUGCACCGAGCCUACACCCUCCCUCCCCUGCACCCAAUGCUGGCAAUCCCCCCCCUGCACACCGCACCCCGCCUCCAAUCCAACACGCCACAGUCAACAGAGCGUGGGGCCUGCAAAAUGAUGGUGUUCUGCGAGGUCAAAUUUGGCCCCAUUCGGUCCACAGUAGGAAGAAAUAGGACAGAUCGAAAGGCUAGGCAGAGGGUUUCUUUUUCUUUUUUUUAUGGCUUUGGCUUGUGUGUGUAUAAAUAGAGGUCUUAGAUUUGGAAUAGAGGGGAUUCUGUUUUUUUGGUCUGAAUCUGGGUAGCCGGAGCUGGCACAAAGGAGAAGAGGAUCUCGAAAUUCCAGAGCUCAUCGAAGGAGAUUGUGCAUUCUCGGGUCUAUCUUCUUCCUGUCCUAGGUAAAAAAAAAUAAUCCCUUUAAGAACCUCCCAUUUUAUUUCUUUGUGAUUUGUUGUUGAAGUCUAUUUCUUGAGUUUAAUGCUAGAUUUGUGUAUGUUUACUGGACAUGAACGAAAAAUCAAAGAAUGAGAAUUUU